CAAAAAGUGCACCUUUAUGCCGUGCGUAGACGACAUAAAAUCGCAUUUUAUGCUCUAGAGCAUAAAAGUAAAAUUUUCUUCUAGUUAAGACUAAGGUAAUCGGUCUCAAUAGCCAAAUAGUUAAAACAUAUUGCACAAUUUUACUGAGCAAUAACAUUGUGUAGAUGACAAAACUUGUUAUAUUAUUUUAUUUUUGCUACAAUUUAUUAGAAAUCCGUAUUUUCUGUCAUUAAAUUCAGUAAAUCACAUAAAAUAGGAGUCGAUUGUCGUUCAAAAAUGCUCCGAAAUGUUUGACUUGGCAGAAAACCAAGCGUCUGGAACUCUGAUCACAUGUUGAAAAUUAAAAAAAAAAUUAAAAAGUUGGCGGGAAUUGGUUAUGUAUUGUGUUGUAUUGUUUCUUUCGCUUUACGACAUUUUCGUGGUGUAAAUUGUCGUGAAAAAUGUGUUUUAUUUUCCUCGCAAUCGAAGUGAAAAGCAGAGUGUACAACAAGGGCAUAAAUGUCCAUUUUUACCCUCAUCUACUAUUUUUGUCUGCGCUUCGCUCAGACCAAAAAAUUGCCUCGAGUAAAAAUGGGUCACUUUAUGCCCUUGUUGUACAAUCUACUAUUAUUUCUUACCCGCUAUUUCGCCAGUACUAGGGUAAUUCGCCAGUAACCACAUUCCCACGCUGAAUAUCUAUGCCUAUUCUUUGAGCUAGAAAUGAUCCAGCCCUAAGGUCACCCGUAGUCGAACGGUCUUUUUAUUAGGCCCUGAAAAUGAUUCUAAGCGUCACGACUGCACCGCCCCAAAUAAAUAAUACUAAAGUAAAUAAUAUCGGAAAUAAUAGCUUAGAAAGAAAAAAAUUGCGUUUCAGUUCCUGGGAUAUCAAAACAUUUAGUUUCUUACUAUUUCAGUAUUUAUCGAAGGCGCAGGCGCUGAAAAAGCAUUUGGACUGGCACAACAAUGUAAAACAACCAAAGACCAAGAAGUGCAACAUAUGCGGACACUUGUUUUUGAGCAAUAUUAAUCUACGUUACCAUAUGUACACACACACGGGCGAGCGACCGUACCGAUGUCCGCACUGCGAAACGGCUUUCUCGCAGCCGCACUGCCUUCGUACGCACUUGAUGAAGCAGCACAACAUUGACGCCAGGGUGAAAUCGGACGGGACGAUCACUGAAAUGACUGGGACGGAAAUAGUAGAUUGUGUCACAAGGGAGCAAAGUGACAUGUUUACGGCAAGGUCGUACUUUGAUUCCUAAACGAAGCGACGGUUAGCAUAGUGAGGGAUACAAGGGUGUUACGCCCCAUAUGGAAAUAAUUUUGUUACCAUGUGACACAUACUGCUUUUCACAUCACCUAUGAGGUAGUUGUCAUGUUUAAAAAUAUUAUUUAAGAUAAAAAAUAAUGUGCAAAAACUAGAACAAAAAGUGUUACUUUGAUCCGUCCUAGCAGGGAAGAAAAGUGUCACUGUGAUCCCUCCCAGUAGAGAGAAUGAGCACCUUUUCUAAUUGGUGAUGUGCAAAAUAAGUUACUGCCAAUACAUUAAUUUUUAUAAACAGUUAUUACCGACUGUACUUCGUACCAGAUUAUUGUAUGGUAUGCCUAUACAUGUUUGCAAAAUGUAGUUUUCAACAUCGGUACCACAUAGUCCUUCCAAUAAGGACGCUCGGACAGGUUAUAUGUUUAAAGAUGUCAUACUUACUGUAAGCUACAAAAUGGUACCUUUGAUUGUAAACUCACAAUUUUCAAAGCGAUACGGCUAUAAUAGAGUGUUUUGAGUUACGUCUAUUAUGUCUGCGCUAUGGAAAAAUAGCGUUGCAUUUGUACCAACGUCAAGCAGUUGACUAGACGGACGCUCGGUAGACGUAUCUUAUAGUAGGAUAAGAUUGAUUUGCAUGGUUUUAUUAUAUUGUUACAAGUGAAGUAAG